AUGGAGCAGUACCUCCGAGAGAACUUCGACGUGUCGCCCAAGCGGCCCUCGGAGGCCAACCUCCGCCGCUGGAGAUCCGCCGUCUCCAUCGUCAAGAAUCCUCGUCGCCGCUUUCGCAUGGUCGCUGACCUCGCUAAGCGCGCCGAGGCUGAGAAGAAGCGCAAGAAACUCCAGGAAAAAGUACGAGUAGCUCUCUAUGUGCAAAAAGCAGCAUUGCAGUUUAUUGACGCUGGGCAGCGUGGUUCGUCCAUGCUCUCCCGGGAGGUCAAGGAAUCGGGUUUUGCUAUUGAACCCGACGACUUAGCAUCCAUAUGCCGAUCACAUAAUAGCAAAGGCUUAGAACUUAGUGGAGGAGUAGCAGGAUUGGCAAAAGCAGUUAAUGUGUCACUGGAAGACGGUGUUCGUUCUAGUGAUGUUCCUCGUAGACAAAAUGUCUUUGGUUCUAACCGCUUUGCUGAGAAGCCCUCAAGAGGAUUUUGGAUGUUCGUUUGGGAUGCAAUGCAAGACUUGACUCUCAUUAUCCUUUUGUUAUGUGCUUUUGUUUCAAUAGGAGUUGGAAUCCCCACUGACGGUUGGCCAAAAGGUGUGUAUGAUGGAGUUGGAAUCGCACUCUCUAUUCUCUUAGUUGUCUUCGUCACAUCAGUUAGUGACUAUAAACAGUCUUUGCAAUUUAAAGAUUUGGAAAAUGAGAAGAAAAAUGUUACCAUUCAAGUCAUUAGAGAUCGGAACAGACAAAAGAUUUCAAUCUAUGAGUUAGUGGUAGGAGAUAUUGUUCAUUUAUCAAUUGGAGACAUAGUUCCUGCAGAUGGAUUAUUCAUAUCGGGUUACAAUUUAUUAGUUGAUGAAUCAAGCUUAUCAGGCGAGAGCGAGGCUGUGCAUGUCGACCAACGUGCUCCUUUUCUUCUGGCUGGGACCAAAGUACAAGAUGGAUCUGCUAAGAUGUUAGUAACUUCUGUUGGUAUGAGGACUGAAUGGGGAAGACUGAUGGAUACUCUGAACGAAGUGGGAGACGAUGAGACGCCGUUGCAGGUCAAAUUAAAUGGGGUUGCGACCAUAAUUGGAAAGAUUGGCUUGGGUUUCGCCCUGAUGACAUUCUUGGUUCUGACUGGCAGGUUUUUGGUGCGUAAAAUAGUUCAUAAUGAAAUCUCUCAAUGGUCCUUAAACGACGCAUCUGAGCUUCUCAAUUUCUUUGCGACUGCUGUAAUUAUAAUAGUUGUGGCAGUUCCAGAGGGGCUUCCUUUGGCAGUGACGCUAAGCCUUGCGUUCGCAAUGAAGAAGUUAAUGAACGACAAGGCACUUGUCAGGCACCUCUCUGCGUGCGAGACGAUGGGCUCAGCUGGUUCUAUUUGCACAGACAAAACAGGAACCUUGACCACAAAUCACAUGGUAGUACAUAAAAUAUGGAUUUGCGGACAAACUAAGGAGAUGAGAAACAAUAGCAGUGAGAAUUUGUUAAAGUCAUCCAUUUCUGAACAAAUAUUUGACCUCUUUUUGCAGUCAAUAUUUCAGAAUACUGGCUCAGAGGUGGUCAAAGGUGAAAAUGGGAAGAAUAAGGUUAUGGGUACUCCGACAGAGAAGGCAUUGUUGGAAUUUGGGUUGCUUUCUGGAGGUGAACCUGGGGUUUAUAAUGAGAAGUACAAGAUCUUAAAGAUCGAACCAUUCAAUUCGAACAGAAAAAGAAUGUCAGUGCUUGUGGCUCUUCCCGGUACUGCCAAUAAGUCUAGAGCAUUCUGUAAAGGAGCAUCAGAAAUAGUUCUGGAAAUGUGCGACAAACUUGUGGACACAAAUGGCAAAGUCGUGCGCCUGUUCGAAGAACAAAGAAGGAACAUCGCAAAAGUUAUCAAUGAUUUUGCUUCUGAAGCUCUAAGAACUCUCUCCAUUGCCUUUAAAGAUAUCGAAGGAAAUUCUGGUGGGGAUAAUAUUCCUGAGGAGAACUUUACAUUGUUGGCAAUUGUUGGGAUCAAGGAUCCUGUGAGGCCUGGAGUAAAAAAAGCUGUGGAAACUUGCAAAGCAGCUGGUAUUUCGGUAAAGAUGGUGACUGGUGAUAACAUCAUUACUGCUAAAGCAAUAGCUAGAGAAUGCGGUAUCUUGACAGAUGGUAUAGCCAUCGAAGGACCCGAAUUUCGCAAGAAGACCCAGCAAGAAAUGGAGGAGAUAAUACCAAAAAUACAGGUUAUGGCUCGAUCUUUGCCUCUGGACAAGCACACUUUGGUGACCCACUUGAGGACGGACUUCGACGAAGUUGUUGCAGUAACUGGUGAUGGGACAAACGAUGCUCCAGCUUUGCGUGAGGCGGAUAUUGGCCUUGCCAUGGGCAUAGCAGGAACAGAGGUCGCAAAAGAGAACGCGGAUGUCAUUGUGAUGGAUGAUAACUUCACAACCAUACUUAACGUUGCCAGAUGGGGCCGUUCUGUGUACAUCAAUGUUCAGAAGUUUGUUCAGUUCCAAUUAACGGUUAAUGUUGUGGCUCUCAUCCUCAAUUUUGUUUCCGCAUGUGUGUCAGGUUCUGCUCCUCUUACCGCUGUUCAAAUGCUUUGGGUGAACAUGAUCAUGGACACUCUUGGUGCUUUGGCUCUGGCUACAGAACCUCCCCAUGAUGGGCUGAUGAAAAGACCACCUGUUGGAAGGAAUGCCAAUCUCAUAACCGGCAUCAUGUGGAGGAACAUAAUUGGUCAGAGCCUCUAUCAGAUAGCCGUCCUUUUGGUUCUCAAAUUUCGCGGUGAACAGAUUAUGAAGCUUAAUGGUCCUGAUGCAACCUCUGUUCUGAACACUUUCAUAUUCAACGUCUUCGUAUUUUGCCAGGUAUUCAACGAGAUAAACAGCCGUGACAUGGAGAAGAUCAAUGUUUUCCGAGGCAUAUUCAGCAGCUGGAUCUUCCUGGGAGUUUUGGCCUCAACAAUAUGUUUCCAAGCCAUACUUGUUGAAUUUCUGGGUACCUUUGCUCAAACAGUACCACUAAGCUGGGAUCUAUGGCUAGCCAGUGUCUUAAUUGGUUCAGUGAGCUUACCCUUAGCCGCCAUUGUCAAAUGCAUCCCCGUUCCAGUGGCUGGUUUCGUGGACCAUCACCAUCAUCAUGAUUACGUACCCAUCCCGAGUGGCCCAGAUAUGGCUUGA